ACUAAGAUCCAGUAAAGUUUUAAUCAUUUUUAAAAUCAAGAAUAAAGAUUCAGUAAAGUUUUAAUCAUGUCUCGAAAAUGUAAUAAUCGAUAAACUUUUCCCAUACAAAAAUAUUUAUGUAUCUUGUCCUCACUGGAAGCAUCUUAUGACUCCAAAAAUAAUCUUGAUAUUGAGUUUGAAGCGAGUUAUCAGUCUUAAUAACCAACUAAUUCAACAGUAAAUAGAAAUUUCAAAAGGGUUUAAAGCAUUUGUAUUGAAGACACAAACUGACUUAAAGAAUUGGAGCCCAGAAGACUUUAGAAUUUAAAACUUUUUAAAUACUCGUAGAAUAGAAGACUUUAAUUGUUAAACAGCUGUUUAAUAGAUAGCAUUUCCUAAUUAUACAGUUUUGAAAGAAAAAUGCUCAAAGUUACUGGGUGCUUCUGUUUUGAUCUUGAAACUGGUGCAAAAAUUAUAGGAUGGCUUGGCCUUUUCAGAAGUGCUUUUCUUCCACCUACCACUUUUUUUGCAGUAUUAGAAAUCCAAAAAUGCUUGAAAAAUCCUCAACCAUCAAUCACUUCAUUAGGAGAGCAUAAAUCAUGCAUACUAGUUAAUAAUUUCGAUUUAUUGGGAGUCUCCCCGAUAUAUUCUAUACCAAUAUUGAUAAGUAUUGCGCUUUAUAUAUUACUUCUUGUAGGAAUCAAUAAUCGGAAUCAAAAUUACAUCAUUCCUGUUAUCUUCAAGAUUUUCAUUGGAAUUGCCUUUGAAGGAAUAAUUUUACUCUUCGCGAUUUCUAUCCUUUCAUUAUCUGAUCCUGAUGUCUUUCAAAUAUUCAUUGCUGUAGUUAUAGAAUGUCUUCUUUCAUUGUAUUUUGCUGCCGUCCUUGCUGAAUUAUAUAAAAAAAUUAAGUUGGAUGAACCUCCUUCGUAUAAUGUUAGCUACUCUUAUGUUAAUGUUUAAAAGAUCAUAUUUUUGUGAUUUUCUUAGAACAUUCAAUUUUUUUUUGUUUAAUAAUUAAGUCCGAAUGUGCUAUUUGUUAAGAUUGCAAAAGCAUUAUUCAAUUCUAAUUCCGC